UAUCAUUGCUGAAUUUUACAACAACAAAUUAUUUCGUACAAAAAGCAACAAGCCAGCACGUGUCUGUCCCAGAAUUUGUGUAGAUUGUAAUUUUUGGUUGUAGGAUAACGGCACAACGGUAGAAAAGGACCAUUGAAAAGAAGCAAUAAUAUAAUCAAUAAAUCGCACAACUUUUAAUCUAUUAUCUGUUGUUCCAUUAAGUACAUUAGCCGAAUAUGUUUUACUUGAUUGGUUUGGGACUGGGAGAUCACAAGGACAUUACGGUGAAAGGCCUUGAAAUUGUAAAACGAUGUAGUCGUGUAUAUUUAGAAAUGUACACGUCCAUCUUGGGUUGUCACAAAGAAGAAGUGGAAGCGUUUUAUGGGCGUCCACUUCUAUUAGCAGAUCGUGAACUUGUCGAAGAGAAAACUGAUGAAAUUCUAGCUGGGGCAAAUGAAGAAGAUGUAGCAUUUCUAGUAGUCGGAGAUCCAUUUGGGGCCACGACGCAUACAGACCUAGCUCUACGUGCUAGAGAGAAGAAAAUACCUUACAAAGUCAUCCACAAUGCCUCUAUACUUAAUGCAGUCGGUUGUUGUGGUCUUCAGUUAUACAAAUUUGGUGAAACAGUGUCCAUUCCAUAUUGGGAUGAAACUUGGAAGCCAGAAAGUUUUUACGAAAAAAUUAAAUUUAAUCGCCUGCACAAUAUGCACACAUUAUGCUUACUUGAUAUUAAAGUCAGAGAGCCUACAGUAGAGUCUCUGAUGCGAGGGCGAAGACAAUAUAUGCUGCCUCGGUUCAUGACGGUUGCCGAAGCCGCUCAACAGUUACUAAACAUCGUCGAUAAGAAAGACGCUCUAGAACAUAAUACUGUACUCAACGAUUUGAGUAUGUGCGUCGGUUUGGCACGUGUAGGAAGUGAAACUCAACGUAUAGUGGUGAAAACAUUACAUGAUAUGGCAUCUACGGAUUUAGGUGGUCCUUUACAUUCUCUGGUAAUACCUGCCAAAGAAUUGCAUCCUCUGGAAAUAGAAUAUUUACAGCACUAUGCCACAUUUAGACUUGAUUCUUACAAUUAUUAAAUUAUAAGCUUCAUUAAAUAGAAUGUAUUGUAGUGCCGAAUUAUCGUUUGAAUCGUGUACACGACGUAGACAUGUUUCACUUUUUUUUUUAAUUUGGAUUAAAUUAUUGAUAGACUAUAA